GUGCGGACGAGGUGAGUCCACGCAUAAUGGGAGUGUGGCGUAUACAGUGACACGCACAAACACACCUGUCAUUCUCACACACGGAAGAGCGCCAUAAGCAAUGAAACAUGUCGUGACAGUAAACACUUGAGUUUAUAGACAUACACAUCUGUGAAUGUUUGCAUUUGAUCGCUUCAUGACAUCGCGCGUCGCGUUCAUUAGAUCGCGAAGAUGAGAGUUGUGUUAAGUUUCAUCUGCGCAGCUCUUGUGCUGUCAACGGUUUGGUGUGAGUCUCCUGACGCUAAUGGGACUUAUCAUGGAGACUUUGUGCGGUUUGAACAACCUCCUGACAGAGUGAUGGACAAAUGUAAUGUACAGGUGCAGUAUAACUGCUCUGCUGCCUGUCGAAUCAGGGUCGAAAUUGUUAUUUCCACCCCAACUAGGACAGGAGUGAUAGUUUACAGAAGGACCUGGACUAACCAUAAGAGAUUUGGAAAACCCAGAUCCAGAACGGUUCCUCUGGUGUUUCCUCCAGCUGUGCUGUACCGGAGAGACUUUUUUGUCAGGCGGCCAGUGGAGACGUGUGAUGUGUUGCUCAGGGCCUGGAUGGUUAAUCUAGUUGAAGAGGAAAUUGGUGGCAACCAUGCUAAAGGAUAUGACCAAACUCUUGUAAGAAAUUCUACGUCUUUGAGGACACUACCGCUAUCUGAACGUCCAGCGUAUCCACAGACAAGAUCGGUCUCAUGGGGCGCGUGGCUGAUGUGGCAGCUGACCAAAGAUACUGUGAGAAAAUGUCCACAUGAGUCAGACAUUGUGGAUAUCCUGACUUUUCCAUUUGCGAGUACCGGUGAAAGGUUUGGUAUCAUACACACGUUCUCCUCCUUCAAAAACAAAGAUCUAGAAAGGAGACGCACCCUCGAUCUCAAACAGCCAAGUGUGACUUUGUCAGUGUGGCUGUACUUGCUGAGCUGGUGUGGCCAGUCUGUGUGUGGAAUAAUCAAGCAUGUUAAUGAGCACCGGAGCUAUGGAAGUCCUCUUAUUAUGCUGUCUGACACAGGUAAUAUAGUGGUGCAGGUCCAAAUGGUGAAUGGAGAGGAGCGGGCGUUUACAGCACACGCAGCUUUACCCCUACAUACCUGGAUCCGUCUGGACAUCUUCUUUCAGGUGUCAGAGGCCAGACUCAAAAUUACAAAGAUCUUACCUGGAGAAAAGACUGUGGAGACCACUCAUUUCUACGAUUUUCAUCAGUCAGUUCAAUUCAAUGAAACAUCAGGAUAUUUUGUCAUUGGUGGAUGCAGCUACAUGCCGGGGUUUAGUGGCUAUGUUGGACCAAUCAGAUACUAUCGUUUAGGCACAGAAAAUGUCACAAACCCUCUGUCGCCUGUUAGGACGCUAAAGGAACUGGACAGACUCCACAAACACUGUGAGGAAAUCAGACAGGUUACUGAACAAUAUCUGCAGGCGUUGAGACAGAACCGAGACAUCUCUAGAGAUGUUUGUGAGUGUUAUUAUGGAGGCCUUAAGAGGAAGUUUGGUCAUAGGGAAUGUACACAGUCUUGGUCAUGGGACCAGCAAAGAAGAUUCAACCUCACCCUGAAGCUUCUAGAAGAAAACCAGGAGCUUAUAACAGGUCUGGGCAACAUCAGCAGACAUUUGCUGCAUCUAGGCCGAAUGAUUUUCCAGGAUGUGGUGAAGACAAUAUCUAAAGCAGAGGAAACUGACGGCAGUCUGGAUCUCAUGUCCACUGUUAUUAAGCAGCUUGAGGUGUCCUUUUGCUGGGGUCACCAGCACUCCUCUCUCCUGCUCGCCACCCUGUACCUGGCCGGCCUGGGCAUCCCAGUGGACUUGGAGCAGGGUCACGUCUAUAGUUUGAUAGGAGGUGUCUUUGAUGACCGUCUGUCUCUGAUGCAUUUGGGAUACAAGCACAUGCAGGGUCUGGACGGUUUCCCCAAAAACCAGAAUACAGCAUACGGGUACUACGCCAACAUCGGCAAACAGACUAGCAUCGACCGCAGUAAAGUACAAGACUCUUGGCAAACUCUCAUAGAACACGUUCAUUUAAACAAUAAUGAUGAGCUCCAUACUCAGACGGGCGAGCUGGGUGACGUUGUGCAGUAUUUGAAACACCAGGCUGACAGAGGAGAUAUAGAAUCUCAGAAAAAUCUGGCCAGGAUGCAUCUUUGGGGCAGUAACGGGGUGGAGAAAGAUAUUCGAGCAGCGGUCAUGUGGUAUGCCAGAAGCGCCCUGCAAAUGGUCGAUCCCAUUGCCAUGUACGACUACGCCAUUCUCCUUCUUAAGGGCACAGGAGUAAAGAAGAACCGAACGCUUGGCCUUGAGCUUCUGGAGAAAGCUGCCGACAUGGGUUCUGUGGAAGCUCUGAAUGGACUCGGAUGGUACUACAGUACCAUAGUAAAGGAUGGAAGAAAGGCCUUUCGAUACUUCGAGUUGGCGGCUCAGAAUGGCAGUCGUGAUGGACUCUUUAAUGUGGGUGUCUACCACUUAAAUGGAGAAAAUCCUUACCAACCAGAAAGGAAUGAGACUGCUGCGUUCCACUACUUCUUGGAAGCGGCUCAUUUGGGUCACGUGGAAGGCGCUGUGCAUUCGGCGUUGUUUCUCUCCACUGGAGCUGUACAAGGAGUGCCGAGAGAUCAAGGCAAAGCUGUGCUGCUGCUGAAACAAGCCAGUGAGAUCAAUGGACACCUGGGCUUCAUGGUUAAGGACGCUCUUCAAACUUAUCAAAGAGGAUCAUGGGAUGAAGCAUUGGUGAAAUAUGCUACGCUAGCAGAAACUGGACUCGGUGUGGCACAACACAAUGCUGCCCAUCUGUGUGAGGUGUUAGGUCACAGUUCUGCCUGUCAGUGGAGGUACCACAACUACUCCACCUACAAUCACAUCCCUCAGGAAGCUGGUUUGUUGCAUAUGGGCGAUUAUUACAGUGACCUGGGUGAUAUGGUGAAUGCCAUAGAGAUGUAUACUACAGCAGCAGUGUAUGGCAGUGCUCAGGGCCUCUUCAAUCUGGCCAUGUUAAUUAAAGAGGGUCAUAACGUUCCUGACAUCAUUCUGGAUCAGAUGGGACUCUCAGCCGCACACGAUGUGAGCCGGAAUGCUGUGGUGGCAAAUCUUUUAUCCAGGUGCAGGGAGUUUGAGGAGGGGGAUGUGACUCCAUGUUCAUUAGUCCUGUGGGGGAUGGAACUGACCCAAGCGUGGAGAGACUUCACACAUAGCUCUGUUCAGCUGCCACUGGCCUGUGGGAUUGCCUUCGCAUUCACAGUUUUCGUAUUUGCUGUGAUGUUACGAACUCUUCUGGCAUGUUACACUGCACUUUGCCUGUCAACCAGCCAGUCAUCAGAGAGACACGGUGAACCUGAACUUAACAGGCAAGAAAGCAGCGACAGUCUACUGGCAACCAGAACAGAGAGCCAACAGCAAAGCUACCAGCCUACAAUUGCACACAAUCACCUUUCAGUGCAGGAAACAUCUGAUUUAAUUGUCACAGUGACUGGAGUGUGUGUGUGUGUCAUCUUUACAAUGUUCAUUUCCCAUCUACUUUGAAAAGAACGUAAAAGGUUAUACAUCAACCGUCACUAUCAAUGAACACUCUUCAACUCAGGUUACUGUAUGAGAACUGAAACAGUAUAAAUGCAUUGUAAGUUCCUUUGGGUAAAAGCAUGAACAAAAUGGCUAGUCACUUUCUCAGUAACCUGUGUUGUUUGCACUCAGAUUCAUCUAUUUUCUUUAGGUGAAAUAAUGUUUGAAUACUAGAAUGUUUGCAGUGCAAAUAAAUGUCACAUGAUAUGGGACUUUUCUCUUUUGGUUGAAUAGCUACAGUCUGAUUCAUACUGCACGCGGCAGCAGCAUGUGUGUUUUAACAGUUCACAAUGC